UCCUGGGUGUAAAUAAUAUAUACACACCUCGGACGGUAGAAGUGCUCUUUUCUUAAGGAGAUUGUAGACCUUUGCCAGCCGGCUUGAACAGAAGAUGCGCGUUCUCGUCUUCAUCGCUCUUGUCUGUUACACCGCGGCGCAGCAAUGCGGACGGUCCUACUUUCCCGACCGUAUUAUCGGCGGGACGGAGGCUACUCCAGGUAGCUUCCCUUGGAUGGUGUCCAUACAGCAGAACGGCUAUCACAUCUGUGGCGGCACGCUCCUCAACAGUCAUUGGGUCCUCAGCGCCGCUCACUGCCAAGCCAGUGCUAGUAGCCUGAGGAUUAUUGUCGGAGAGCACAACUUCGGCAGUCUUGAGGGCACUGAGCAGAGUACUGGAGUACAAGAGGUCAUACCACAUCCAAACUUCGAUCCCCUCACAUUUGACAACGACAUCAUGCUGAUCAGACUGAGCUAUCCCGUCAAUAUCAACACCUGGGUCAGUCCGGCGUGCCUGCCUGCAGCUAUGGUUGCCGACGGGACCAGGGUCACUGUCACGGGCUGGGGAAGCACUCACCCCAGCGGAUCUCCCUACUCGUACAGGCUGCAGAGAGUGAAUGUGCACACCAUUCCCCGACGCCAAUGUAACUCCCCGCACUCUUACAACGGGCGGGUCACCAGCAACAUGUUCUGUGCCGGGCACCCGAACGGCGGCAAUGACUCCUGCCAGGGAGACAGUGGUGGGCCCGGGGUGAGGUCCGGUACGGUGUACGGCGUGGUGAGCUGGGGGUACGGCUGUGGCGACGCCAGGUACCCUGGUGUCUACACCAAGGUGGCCAACUACGUCGGCUGGAUCAACAGUUACAUCAACUGAGUCAGCAUUUUCAACGCGAGGCCAUGAUCAGGUAUCAGGAUGACCUGACGACGUUCUCAAACUUGCUGAUCUUCAGAAUAAAGCCAUGAUUGUUACAAUU